GAAAUGUCACCGCCAAUCGAAGGGACAAGGCGAUGUCUCAACAAGGUGAAUAUGUUAUCUUGUGGAAGACGCACAAAAAUCCGGCAUAUGUCACAGCAUACCCAUGGGCAAGGAAAUAACUUGCUUGAAUUCUUGGCAUUACGGUGCACCAACGCUGAUACACGCUCUUCCACAUGGUUAAAAAAAGUUGCUCUACAAGGUUAA